CGCUCGUCCAAUCGGAUGCGAGUGAAUUAAUGCGGACCGUGACGCACCGCGAGCGCUGCUGCUGGAGUCGGUGUGGCACGAGCGCGGACGUUACAGAGGUGAGUCAUCAUGAAUUACCUGCGCAGACGUCUGUCGGACAGCAGUUUUGUAGCCAAUCUGCCCAACGGCUACAUGAUGGACCUUCAGCGUCCGUCCAGCUCCAGCAGCUCUCCAGCGUCUCCGGCCACAGAGCGCCGCCCGGCACCGGCCCCGGCCCCGGCACCAGCACCGGCACCGGCACCGGCCCAGGCCCCGGCCCCCGCGGGCUUCCUCAGCUCCUUCUCCAGCGUGGUGAAGACGGCUCAGAUCGCCAGCGCCGUUCACGCCAAAGCCGCCGCCGCCGUGCACGCAGACGCCGCUAAACCCGCUGUACGCAAACCCAAAAUCCUGCUGGUCAUCGACGAGCCGCUCACAGACUGGGUGAAGUACUUUAGAGGACAGAAGCUGAACGGAGAGUAUGAGAUCCGCGUGGAGCAGGCUGAGUUCACUGAGAUCAAUCUGGUGUCGUAUGUGAACUCCGGCUGUACGGUGGACAUGCAGGUGAACCGCGGAGGAACCAAAGUGGUCAGAUCGUUCAGGCCAGAUUUUGUGCUGAUCCGCCAGCACGCCUACAGCAUGACCCCGGGAGAGGACUUCAGGAACCUGGUGAUCGGUCUGCACUACGGCUCCGUUCCCAGCGUUAACUCGCUCUUCUCCAUCUACAACUUCUGCAGCAAACCCUGGGUGUUCUCUCACAUGAUCAAACUCUACCAGACUCUGGGUCCAGAGAAGUUCCCGCUCAACGAGCAAACCUUCUUCCCCAACCACACGCAGAUGCUGCCCACCGCAUCAUUCCCAGUGGUGGUGAAGAUGGGACACGCCCACGCCGGCAUGGGCAAGAUAAAGGUGGAGACAGCGAAUGAUUUCCAGGACAUCACCAGUGUGGUUGCCAUCGCUAAAACCUACGCCACGGCCGAGCCCUUCGUCGACUCCAAAUACGACAUCCGCAUCCAGAAGAUCGGCAGCAACUACAAAGCCUACAUGAGGACGUCCAUCUCAGGGAACUGGAAGGCCAACACCGGUUCAGCCAUGCUGGAGCAGAUCGCCAUGACAGACAGGUAUCGUCUGUGGGUGGACUCUUGCGCUGAGAUAUUCGGAGGUCUGGACAUCUGCGCGGUCAAAGCUGUCCACGGCAAAGAUGGGAAGGACUACAUCAUAGAGGUGAUGGACAGCUCGAUGCCUCUGAUCGGUGAGCAUGUGGAGGAAGACCGUCAGCUGAUCUGUGAUCUGGUCAUCAGUAAGAUGGCCUUCGCUCUGCUGGGAGUGACCACACCACAAACGUCCACUAAGACUCAACCUGGACCGCAGACAACUCAACCGAGACGAGUUCCAGGUGGUCCUUGUUCUGGCUCUGGUCCUCCGUCUCAGUCGGGUCAGGCGUCUCCUCAGCGCGCCCGAUCUGCCUCUACCUCGCCCAGUCAGGCCUUCCAGCCCGGACCCAUUCCCUCCGGCGGAUCCGGAUCCCAGAAACAACCCACGCAGCUCAAUAAAUCGCAGUCGCUCACCAACACCUUCAGCGAGACGCUGCGUGGGAACGCGACGGACGACGAGGCCAAAGCAGAAACCAUCCGCAGCCUCCGCCAGUCCUUCGCCAGCCUGUUCUCCGACUAACACACACACACACACACACACAUGCAUCACGUCUGUGUGUUUGAUCAGUUACAGUUCAUUCAGUUGUGUGGCAUCUGUAAUAAUCCGCCGUCAGACAAACACGCCUUCGACAAGCCGUCAUCAAUCCUCCAUAUCUCAUGAUUUUAUAGACAUGACAAACCAGCGGCUCUCAACUUAAAAUAAGACAAAACAAGCUUUAAAAUAAGUCACGUUUAUUUCUGCAGCGCUUUAUACAAUACAGAUUGUUUCAAAGCAGAUUGACGGAAAUAAACAGAAAAAUAACACAAUCAGUGAUGCAAACUUCAUCAGAAAGAGCUGUACAGAAGACAAUACUAGUGUAAUUAUUCAGAUCAAUUCAGUUCAGUUUAUUUCAAUAACAGUGUCAGUGUUGCUGAUGUCGAUUUUAGUCUAAUCUUUAUAAACCAAAAUUCAAGAUGAAAACUGACAUUAUUAUUUUUAUUUAUUUACUUAUUUUAUUUUUUUCUUUAACAGUAAUCAUUUUUAUUUCAGGGUUCUCACCGUCUUGGAAAACUUGAAUAUAUGAGGCAAUAUAAAAGUUAGAAAAUAAAUGUACAUGUUUAUAGUUACUAAAAUACAUAUAUUGAGUGGAAUAAAAUUUGUGAGUUAAAACUAUUUUAAAACCUUAUUCCAUUGUCACGAACAAGUGGAAGAAACGUAUAAUUCAUUAUUGAGCCAUGAUGAACAUCCAGUUCUUGAAUCUUAUGAAAUUAUUUAGUUCAUUUUCUUAUAUUAUUUAAUUAUAUUUAUUUAAGUUUAUCACUUUAAUAUAAUUAUUUAUUAUGAUUUUAUAUAGAUUAUUUUAUUAUUUUAAUAUAUUGACACUCCUAGCUUCUGUAAAUUAAAACUUUGUAAACCAGCGUUUUUGUUGUUACAGUAGAAGUAUCUGUUUUCUAUGGAAGUCCAUUCCCGCCACAGUUGAGAAAAAAUAUGAUUCUGUAAGUCAUAAUAAUCAGAUACUUUCUCAAAAUAAUGAGAAACUUUCUCAAAGUAAUAAGAAACUUUCUCAUAAUAAUGACUUAACAUCUCGUAAUAACGAGAAACUUUCUCAAAAUAAUAAAAACUUUCUCAUAAUAAUGACUUCUCGUAAUAACGAAAACUUUCUCGAAAUAAUGAGAAACUUUCACGUAAUAAUGACUUAACAUCUCGUAAUAACGAGAAACCUUCUCGAAAUAAUGAAACUUUCUCGUAAUAAUGACUUAACAUCUCGUAAUAACGAAAAACUUUCUCGAAAUCAUGAGAAACUUUCACGUAAUAAUGACUUAACAUCUCGUAAUAACGAAAAACUUUCUUGAAAUAAUGAGAAACUUUCUCGUAAAAAUGACUUAACAUCUCGUAAUAACGAGAAACUUUCUCGAAAUAAUAAAAAACUUUUUCAUAAUGACUUAACAUCUCGUAAUAAUGAGAAACUUUCUCGAAAUAAUGAGAAACUUUCUCGUAAAAAUGACUUAACAUCUCGUAAUAAUGAGAAACUUUCUCAAAAUCAGUGCUGUCAAUCGAUUAAUCGCAUCCAAAAUAAAAGUUUUUGAUUACAUGAUAUAUGUGUGUGUACUGUGUUUAUUUAUUAUGUAUAUGUGACCCUGGACCACAAAUCAGUCAUAAGUGUCAAUUUUUUUAAAAUUGAGAUUUAUACAUCAUCUGAAAGCUAAAUAAAUUUGUUAGGAUCGGACAAUAUUUGUCUGAGAUACAACUAUUUGAAAAUCUGGAAUCUGAGGGUGCAGAAAAAUCAAAAUACUGAGAAAAUCGCCUUUAAAGUUGUUCAAAUGAAGUUCUUAGCAAUGCAUAUUACUAAUCAAAAAUUACGCUUUGAUAUAUUUACGGUAGGAAAUUUACAAAAUAUCUUCAUGGAACAUGAUCUUUACUUAAUAUCCUAAUGAUUUUUGCCAUAAAAGAAAAAUGGAUAAUUUUGACCCAUACAAUUGCUAUUGCUACAAAUAUAGCUGUGCUGCUUAUGACUGCUUCUGUGCUCCAGGGUCACAUAUAUAAAAUACACACACAUACUGUAUAUAUUUUGAAAAUAUUUACAUGUAUAUACAUUUAUAUUAUUAUAUUUUUUAUUAUAACUAUAUAUAAUGUAUAAACAUAACAUAUUUUUCUGAAAUAUAUACAUGCAUGUGUUAUGUAUUUCUAUAUACAUAAUAAAUAUACACACAUAUAUUAUGUAAACAAAAACCUUUAUUUUGGAUGUGAUUAUUUGCGAUUAAUUGUUUGACAGCACUACUUGAAAUAAUGAGAAACUUUCUCAAAGCGGCGGAAACGGGCUUCCAUAGUUUUCAGAUAUUGUGUUGGAUAGUGAGUGUUGAGAGCCGCUGUAAUAAAGUCUCUCGUGUGAUUUGUGUUUCGGUGAUUCGGUGUGUCAUGAAUCAGAUGGGAGUGAAUCGGUGCGUUCCUGCAGAUUCUCUCUCUCUCUUCCAGCGUGUCUAAAGCCAUCAUCAGAUCUGAUGCAAACCAGUAUCGAGCAGCAAUAUUCCCGUGAAGGAAUAGAGCUCCGUCUUCCACCUGCCAUCAAUCUUCCCUUUAUGAAGCGCCACGAUCUACUUGAGCUUCUGUGGGUUCUUCUGCAGAAUCUCUGGUGUUUCUCAGCUCGGCUGAAUCUGUACAGUAUACUGUGCAGCGUAUAUUUCAUAUAAAGCAAUGAAACUUCAAUGAAAUACCGCACUCUCAGCUAACACGGAAUGUUCUCAGAACGUUCCGGCAACGCUAUGAACAAACGUUCUUCCAGUAACAUUAAUAGAACAUGCGUUAUCUGUUCUUUAAUAAAAACAUAAUAUACAUUUAAUGUUUUUGACUGAAACAUUUUAGUGUAACGUUCAUCUAACGUUUUUUUAAACGCUACUCUUUGGUUCAGAACGUUCAGAGAACAUUCAAAAGUAACGUUUCCAUAAUGUUUGCAAAAUAAGAUGAAAUGUUUCCUUAAUGUUCGCAUAACACAAGAACAUUUAAAAAACUGCACAGCAAAAAUGAUUUUCUUCCUUAGUAUUUUUGUCUUGUUUUCUAGUAUAAAUAUCUAAGAAUUCUUGAAUCAGGAUGCAUUUACUUGACAAGAUAUUAUGUCUGGUUUUCUGAAAAAAUAUCCAAAUUUUGUUAGUUUUUGCUUAAAACAAAUAAAAAAUAUCUGCCAAUGGGGUAAGAAAAAUAAUCUUGUUUAGCCUUUGAGUUAAUUCAAGAAUUUGUAGAUAUCUAUACUAGAAAACGAGACUAAUGCUAAGGAAGAAAAUCCUUUUUUUUCUUUACUUUUUCUUUUUUUUUUUUUUUUUGCAGUGUGGAAAACAUUUGGAAAUAACGUGAAUGGGAACGUUAGCAAAACGUUCUUAGAAUAUAUUUUUGUUAGCCGGACUAGCGUUUGAAAUCGGUUAAAUGAGCCGCUCGCUUAUAAUUCUGAUCUAAUUCAAUGUUUAGUUUAUUAACGAAUCACUGAGAUUUUGUUCAUAAUUAAUAUUCACAUUAAUAUCGUACAGUACCGUGUUUAAUUUUACGUUUACGUUCGGCUUCUUGAAAAGGACCAAACUCUUGAAGUGUUCUGUGAAAAUCGAUUUGCUGUUUUUCUGACGUGCCGUUCGCUUUCCGUUUGAAUGAAUCGCACUGAAUCAUGUGCAGCGAAGCCAUAAAACAAACGACUCACGUGAUUCAAACGCUUCGUGUGUCUUGAUUCCUUCAGCUCGUGUUUGAGAUUCUUCUGAUCAUGUUCUGUGCCUCCGACAAACUAUUAAUCAAACGUAUUCGAGAUUUUGUGAUGCGGAGCCUUUUAUAUGAUUCUUUUGAUUCGUUCGGAUUGUUUUCAGAGCUCCAUGUGGAUCGUUGCGCAGUGUUGUUGUCGUCAGAAACGUUUGCAUGAAUUGUGAGAGGUGUUUUCAUUUAUGUCUGAGGAGCUGAAAUCAAUAAUCAGAGGUUGUGUGAAUGAGAGCAGAUGAAACGAUGAAAUAACAAACAGCCGCGAACAGAAGAACAAAGAUCCGUGAGUUCAUUCUAAUUGACUCGGGUGAUUUACCGCGGUAAAUGUGGCAUGACGCGUCUGUAUUUGUGUCUCACUGCUUCACGUGUGUCUUAAUGUGUUAUAAACUCUCUUCAUUCUGGUUUUGAUUUUAUUUUUUAUAUUCUGUCUCUGAUUAAUGGAAAUGCUAUUAAAACCAAUCGUGUUUAAUAUGAA